AACGCCCUGAAUCACUGGGCACGCCCAAGAAGAGCGACAGGUCAUUCAUUGCUGUCGACCAGAAGUCGUUUGACCCGGGUCUUGCCUCGCUGUUUGCGAGCAGUGUGCGUAUUCUCUCCUCGGCAACUUCCGAACUUUUCGAUAUUGGGGUCAUAGAACUAAUCUGUGCCAUAGCUAGGUCCAGUGCAGCCUCCACAGAAGUUUCGAUAUCGAGAUAUUCCACAGAAGGCUCCCGUUGAGUCCGCAAGCGACGACGAAGACGAUGAGAGCCCCAGCGAAGACGGGAGCGUGAGCGGCGCCAGCGAGCAAUCCGAGGAUGAAGUGGACAGCGAAGGAGAAGGAGACGGUUCUGAGGGGUCAGAUUCGAGCUCGAAUGGCUCUUCCGAGGGGGCACAGUCCGAAAACGAAGCAGUCCUAGCCAAGAUACAGGAGUCAAUGUUGAGCGGGGCACAAGAGCGACAAAAUAAGAAACGCAAGCGAAACGCCCAGCAGGAUCUGGAAGACACAUAUAUGAAGAAGAUAGCACGGGAAGAGGCCAAGGAUGAAGAGAAGAGGAAAAAGAAACUGAAGACUAAAGCUACGGGGGCAAACAGUGAAGACGAGGCUCCUAGCGAAGCGGAUGAGUCUGAUGAGGAGACUUUCACGAUACCGAAGCACGAGACGCUGGUAGAGACCAACGACAUUGAGGCGGAAGAGCUUGAGAAGGCAGCCCGUACAGUCUUUCUGGGCAACGUCUCCAACGAAGCGAUCGUGUCGAAGACGGCCGAGAAGACAUUGAAGCAGCACUUGUCCUCGUUCAUCUCUGAUCUUGCGGACAAUAAGCCCCCGCACAAAGUUGAAUCUAUACGUUAUCGAUCGACAGCUUUCGCGGGCGCAUUACCCAAACGAGCCGCAUUCGCAAAGAAGGAAGUGAUGGACGCUACCACAAAGUCUACGAAUGCAUACGUAGUGUAUUCGACGAAGCUCGCUGCGCGAGAAGCCGUGAAGAACUUGAACGGAACAGUGGUGCUCGGCAGACACCUACGCGUAGAUUCCGUCGCGCAUCCAUCGCAGGUGAAUCAUCGGCGGUGCGUUUUUGUCGGUAAUCUUGGGUUUGUCGACGAUGAGAGCAACAUCAACGCAAAGGAAGAGGAGAAGAAAAAGAAGUGCAAACCCCCCAGCGAUGUGGAAGAAGGUCUAUGGAUCCACUUCGGUAAAGCAGGUAAAGUCGAAAGCGUGCGCGUCAUACGCGACUCAAAGACCCGUGUCGGGAAAGGCUUCGCUUAUGUCCAAUUCGAAGACGAGAACGCUGUCGAAGCCGCCUUGCAAUUCAAUGACCAGAAGUUCCCGCCUCUUCUUCCGCGGAAACUGCGCGUUGUGCGCGCCAGAGCACAGAAGCGAAAAGACAAGAAGUUGGAUCACUCGACGCCAAAGCCUCUGGCUGCGAAGUCAAAAGGAGCGUACAACGCCAAGGUCACUGAUGAGCAGAAAUCGAAACAAGGCCGCGCUCGCGCUAUGCUUGGGAAAUCCGCAGCGUUCAAGUCAGCGGAAUCAUUCGUCUUUGAAGGGCAUCGUGCCAGCAGCAAGCAAGGUACGAGCGGUUUGAAGCUUGGAGGGAAAAAGAAAAAGGGUCCGAAUGGGAGGAAGAAGAGAAGUGCGGCAUGGAAGGCUUCAGGUGGGAAACGAUAGUAUUAUGACGAUGACCCAAGCAUAUUGUAAAGCUAGUCAUGUUCGCUACCCGUGUAGAGAAUCGCUGGGCCCGUCC